ACCCCGCCCGCCGACCAUAAGAACACAGUCCUCGAGGUUUCUUCAGCUCUCCAUUCGCAUACACUACGACCGUCAACACUAUGGGACAGAACACCCCCGCUCAGAAGAUCGGAGACGUCAACUCGCUCACUGUCACGGACAACCGCACCGGCAAGCAGUACACCGUCCCGAUCUCGCGAAAUAGCAUCCCCGCGACCGCGUUCAAGGCUAUCAAGGCACCGAAGGGUCCCAAGGACCGCGAUGAAGACGAGACGGAGAAGGGUCUGCGCAUCUCGGACAAAGGCUUCUUGAACACCGCUGUCAUUGAGAGCAGGAUCACCUAUAUUGACGGAGAUGCUGGAGUUCUGCGCUACAGAGGGUACCCAAUCGAACAGCUCGCCGAGCAGUCCAAUUUCCUUGAGUCGGCGUAUCUUCUGAUUUAUGGCUCACUCCCAUCCAAGACCCAAUACUCGACAUUCGAGAACGAGGUCCUGCUCCACGGCGUCAUGCACGCUGACGCUGCUGGUUUCUUCCGUGCCUUCCGCUAUGACGCCCACCCCAUGGCAAUGCUCACCAGCGCGUACGCCUACCUCGGCUCGUACUACCGCGAAGCCAACCCCUCACUCGAGGGUCAGGCGCUGUACACGAAGGGCGCCAAGGGCGACGAGGCGGCGCUGAGGAAUAUGGACAAGCAGAUCUACAGGAUCAUCGGGAAAGCUACGACUCUUGCUGCGAUGGCCUACCGUGUCCGCCAAGGUCGAGAGUUUGUUACGCCUCCCACUGGGCUCAGCUACGCCGCCUCUUUCCUCUACCAGCUCGACCACCUCUCUCCAUCUGACGCCAACUACCGGCCGCACCCUGUCCUCGAACGCGCUCUUGAUAUCCUGUUCAUUCUGCAUGCGGACCACGAGAUGAACGCGUCAAGUACGACGGUGCUCCAGACAGGCAGCUCCCUGGUGGACCCGUACAGCGCGGUAGCAGCUGGAUGUGCUUCUCUCUACGGACCAUUGCACGGAGGCGCCAAUGAGGCUGUCAUUCGCAUGUUGAUUUCCAUCGGCAGCCCAGACAACGUGCCCGCGUUCCUUGCGGCCGUCAAGAAGCGCGAGAAGGUGCUCUCUGGCUUCGGACACCGCGUGUACAAGACAUCCGAUCCCCGCUCGUUCAUUAUACGCAAAGUUGCCGAUGAGGUAUUCGCAGUGACCGGCAAGGAUGAACUGCUGGACACCGCGAUGGCCUUGCACGACGCUGCCAUCAAGGACGAGUACUUCGUGUCGCGGAAACUGGCACCGAACGUCGACUUCUGGAGCGGCCUCAUCUACCGUGCCAUGGGCUUCCCUCUCGACUUCUUCCCCGUCCUCUUCGUUGUUCCACGUGUCGUCGGCUGGCUCGCUCAUUGGCGGCAGAUGAUGCUCAGCCCAGACGGCGUCAAGAUCUGGCGCCCGAGACAGAUCUACGUUGGCGCCGAAAAACGCGACUAUGUGCCCGUGGAUGCUCGGGAGCCGGUCGACGGGCCGAUGAUGAGCCCCAGCGUUGUGCCUCAUUCCGGGGUGACGAAGCGGCGAAACAUCUCCGAGAUCAAGAGCAAACUAUAGGUUCUUUCGACGACAUGUUCCUUGGCGUGCUGCUGGACGCACUCGUCUUCCGGUCUUUGGGCGCGUCCGUCGACCAAUCCCCGAGCGCGUUCUCGAGUCCUAUUUAUAGCUCUGCAUCAAUGCACUUUGCUCCACCACGCUUAUUUAUAGUCCCACUUUGAGAAGUUGAGAAGAUGAAAGUGCUUACGCCUCGUAGCAAGACGACGCGUUGUCGCACAGAAAUUCUGUAAUUUCAUUUACUUGAGACGCGUCUUCGGGCGUGCACAAUGUAAUGCUGCUCACUGCAAUGACAAUAGC